AUGUUUGCGGUGGGCGGCGGUGCCGGCGGCGGGGAGCCGCGAAGCCCCGGCCGGAGUCCGGCGCGCGCCAAGUCGCUCGAGGAGGAGCUGCUCCGCGAGAGCGACUACGCGGUGGCGGCGGCGACGGUGGCGCCACCGACGUCCGCCGAGCUGCACGUCGCGAAGAUCGCGUCGUCGCUCGACAGCCUCAUCGAGUCGGAGGCGGCGAAGGCGGAGCACCGGCGCCGCCUGUCAACGCUCGAGGAGAUCAUCGACAGCGUCGCAGAGGGCGCCGGCGGUCACGGCCGCUCGGAGGCGUUCGCUGGUCCAGCGCGCGCGCCGUCGCGCGGCAAGCCCGACAACAAGUACGCGUUCCCGGCCGAGCAGCUCGACUUUGCCGACAUCCUCGCACAGCACGGCGGCGCUGCGUCGACGAGCUACGUGGACGCGGUGCUCGCGGGCGACGGCCUCGAACUGACCGCCGUCACCGCUGCCGCCGCGCCGCAGCUGACCGCCGCCUCGCAGCUGAACGCGGCCGCGGCGAUGGCCGCUGCCGGACAGUUUGCGAAGCCGGCGUCGCUGGAGCGCGUGAAGCAGCGUCGUCCGAGCGACCGGGACGGCACGCCGCUCGAGGCGCUCGACCUCUCCACGCAGAAACACGAGGCGCUUCUCCACCUCGGCGGAGUCGGUGGUCUCGGCGGUCUCGGUGGCAGCGUCAGGGGGGAGGCGAUGGGGAUGCCGAACCUCCCGUUCCGCCGCAGCCUGAGCGUCGACUCGGCCGUCAUGAUGAAGCCUGGGUUCUUCGCCGAGCAGCAGAAGCAGCAGCAGCAGCAGCAGCAGCAGCAGGGGAGGAAGCGCGGCCCGAAGCCGGGAGAGAAGCGCAAGGAGCGGGACGACACGAAGAAGGCGGCGAAACGGAAGAAGGGGCUCGACGGCGGCGGCGGCUCCCAGCAGAGGUCGCCAGCGAGGUCGCUCACCCCGAGCAGCAGCAUCGGGUCGCUGACUCCGCCGGCGGGUUUCGGCGAGCCAACGAUGACGCCGCCCAGUAAGCCCGCGACCCCAUCGCAGACCCCGCCGCUGCCCCCGCACACGCCGCCGUGGCAGACGUCCACGCAGACGCCUCCCAGGCCUGCGCCGACGCCGCCGCGGCCGUUCCAGACGCCGCCGCGCCUCUCGCAGGCGCAGACGCCGCCGCGCUCGAUACACACGCCCCCUCACGCGCCGUCGCCGACCUCGCAGCGCACCGCCGCCACGGCCCAGACGCCGCCGCGCGCGUCGCAGACCCCGCCCUGCAUGCCGCCGUCCGUCACCCCGCCGCUCGCCGCUCCGAAGCAGCCGCCCGCCGAGAAGGUGCUGUCGCCGCAGAAGAUCAUCGUUGUGUCGUCGGCGAGCAAGAACGCCGCCCCGAUCGUCGCGCCGAGGGCCGGCGUUGCCGUCCUCGCGCACACAUCCGGCGUCAAGGUCGGCACGUCCCUGCUCAAGUCGCAGUCGGUCGCCGUGGCGACGGCGCAGCUGAUGAGCGGCGGCGGCUCGACGAAGCUGUCGUCGGCGAAAGUGCCAUGCUACGCUCCCAAGCCGGCGCAGCAGCCCGUCAAGUACAAGCAGGUCAUCUCGGGUCUCUCCGCUUCCGGGAUCAAGGUGCCCGUGUACAGGCCCCCGCAGCCGAAGCAGCUGACAAGCCCCAGCCUGCCAAAGCCUCAGACGAGUCCGAAUAUACCAAGGCCGAGGACGAGUCCGAGUUUGCCGAAGACUUUGAUUAGUCCGAAUCUCCCAAAGCCGGCGUCGAAGACCCCGACGGUUGCAUUGACGAGCCUCGCAAAGUUUUCGACGACGAAGGUGACGAGUUCGUUGAAGAGCAAGUCCGGCAGCAAGUUUCAUUCUACGCCUAGUCCCAAGUUUCAUUCUACUCCUAGUCCCAAAUUUCAUUCGACGCCUAGUCCUAAAUAUCAUUCGUCCCCUAGCCCGAAAUUUCAUUCUUCGAGCCCGAAAACGCAUUUGCCGAGCGCCAAGUCGAGUUUUCCUCAUCAGAAGUCGCGUGCUUCGAGUCCCAAUACUCACGUUUCUAGCCCGAAAACGCUCAUGACAAGUGCUAAACUUCACUCCACGAACCCAAAGACGGGCCGGCCCGUCGAUCCAUCCAAAGCGACGUUCAAGCACGGCUCUUCGAAAUCCGCCGUCUCCUCUAAGUUCGCGAAGUCGGGGGGAGCUCCGACGACGGUGACCGUCUCCAAGGAGGGGACCUCGAAGCUGAUCACCAAGCAAGCGCAGGUGAAGCUGAAGCCGCUGUCGAUGCUGUCGGCCGCGUCCUCGGAUAAGCUGACCGUCGCGACGACGCCCAGCACCGCAGACUCGGCCUCCUCGGUCGCGGCGUCGGCCGUCACCUCGGCGCCAGUCACGUCGCCGUCCGGCAAGCCUCUGUUUCGCGCCGGCCGCAAGGCGUCGCUGAUGUCCCUCAUCGACAAGCUGCACAGCAGCGCCAGUAGCGUCAACGUCAUGGUCGGCUCGCCAAAGUCCGGACGCAAGGACGACCGAUCGAAGACGUCCUCCGGGAAGGUGGCGCGCGUGGAGAGGGGACAGACCGACAGGAAGGGAGGAGAGAAGACGUCGAUCAAGCUGACCGUCACCAAGACGAUGACGUCGGAUUGGACGACGAAGCUGACUUCGACCGCGUCGACGAAAUCUUCGAAACCGCAGAGGCCGAGUCAGCCGUCGCUGCGGCAACCCGUGCCGCCCUCGAGCGAGAAGCCCGUUUCCGUUUCGGCGAAGACGACGGCAGAUACGUUUAGUAAAACCGUCGAUCCGGCUGCGGCAGUGACCCAGGCCGCCGCUCCCGUCUCUCACGCUCAAACGACGACGAGUGCGGCGUCCCCAUCCUCAGUCAUAGAGGUAGCGGCGACGGAAGAUUUAGCCGGGAAAGAGGGCGAGGCGUCAUCCAUCAAUACCGUUCUAGAAAUGCACGAUCUCUGUUCUCCCGAGGAAGAUAAAGAAGCCGCCGCGUCCGCGCACGAUUCGAAAGGCGCGAAUUUCGAAUUGAUCGCCAUACCGGAGCCCAUCGAAGACGCAGAAGUGCUGCCACCUGCCGUCGCGCCGCGAGAAGAGGUGCCGCCGCCAUGCGAGGCCGGCCAGGCGGAAGCGACAGUGCCGGAGGAGGUCUCCGUGCCGGACACGCACGUCGACAUGGCAAAGGCUGAACCGGCAGUCAUCGUCCAGCCGUCGGCUGAAGAGCCGAAGGAUUCGACGCUCGCCCAGCCACCGCCGCUAACGGAGAGGCCUCCGCCGACAGAGAGAGCUCCUCCGCCGCCGCCACCGAAGAUCGGGAAGCGAGACUCGCCGAUCGCGCCCGGAAACAACGGCAUCAAGGCCCCUCCGGCGAGCACCCCGCCGCCGCCGCAGCCGGCAGUGGAGAAGGCCGAGCCGGUGCUGCGGCGCUCCUCCUCCGCGGCUUCCUCUCCGUGUGCGGAGGAGCUCAGCAGCCCCGAGGACAGUCUCAUCAUCGACUACCCGGCCACGCCGAAAUCGGCGAAGACGAGGGCGUCGCCCGCGCUGAAGCAGGCGACGCCCGCCACAUCGCCGGCCGGCGCGAGGUCGCCAGGGAGGGCGCCGGCGCAGCAGUCGCCGGCGACGGGGAAGUCGCCCGGUCCCGCGGCGAAGUCGCCGUCGACGCCGUACGAGAAUUCGAAUCCGAGUUCGAUCAAGUCGGAGACGUCGUGCGUGAUCGACGACGAUCUCAUGGAUGAGGCGCUGAUGGGACUAGGAUAG